CUUCCUCCACGCUAGCUGCACGUCACAGCUGACGCCUGUGCGCGCUCAAAGUUUUCUUCAUUUCUUCUCCGGCAGCCCCACCUUCUGCCGUACUCCAGUUUGCACAUUUUGGUCUGCUCCAAGUUCCUGAUCGCUGCUGAUCGCAAUGGAAGCGUCUCCAGCAAGCAAGUUUACAGGGGAAGCUCUCCCGCCUACCUUGACAUCCGCUUCCCAGCAGCCACCUCUCGACGAUGGCGGAACCAGGUUGUACAUGACGUAUGUUUGCCCGUAUGCACAGCGAGCAUGGAUCGCGAGGAAUUUCAAGGUACCCUGCCUAGAGCACAACAACAAAAUGAUAGGAGAGAGUUUGGAUUUGAUCAAGUACAUGGAUAACAACUUCGAAGGCCCCAAAUUGAGUCACGAUGAUCCUGAAAAGCAAGGGUUUGCAGAAGAACUGCUGGCUUAUUCAGACACCUUCAAUCAAGCAAUGAUGUCGGCAUUGAAAGCCAAGGGGAUAGUGACCGCUGAUGCCGGCAAGAGCUAAGAACACUUAUUGGAAUUCAACUAUAAAUAUAUAUUCAUGCUGAUUACUAACCUGUGAUUCAUUGCUGGUCCAUAGAAGCUGCUCUCGACAAAAUAGAAGUCUCCCUUUCAAAAUUUGAUGAUGGGCCUUUCUUCCUCGGAUAGUUCAAUCUGGUGGACAUCGCAUAUGCGCCAUUUGUUGAUGGAUUCCGGGUAUUCUUCGUCAACAUAAAGAACUACAAUACCAUCGCAGGAAGGCCUAACAUGCAGAAAUUCAUCAAGGUAGCAAGAACACAACAUCUUUCAGGAGUGCAGCGUUCUGGAAAUUGGGCUCCAUGGAGCCUGAUAUUUGAAAAAUUGAGGUUUAAAGUUUCAAAAAGAAAACUGAAAAACUAACAUUUACAUAGGGAUAUAUUCUACAUGUUUGUCAAUUUUCAUGAUGAAAUACGUUAAG